UCCAAUGCCACAGCAACAACACUAAUCCCAUUCCACCUAAAGUUAAGCUCAGCAAAGACACCUCUCCUUUCAGCUUCUCUGAGAAAAGAAUGGCCGCCGCAGCACCUCCACCGCCGCCGUCGCCUACCCCCGCCGUCAUCUCUGAGGACUUGCUUCCGACUGGCUACAAUGUCUUUUCCCGAAUUCGUCUUGCCACCAUCGUCGACGUUCCUCAUAUCCACAAACUCAUCCACCAGAUGGCCGUGUUUGAGCGACUCACCCAUCUCUUCUCCGCCACAGAAUCUUCACUUUCCUCCACUCUCUUCCCUGAAAACUCCCCACCUCCGUUCACCUCCUUCACCGUUUUCCUUCUCGAAGUUUCUCAAAUCCCUUUCCCUCUAAUCGACCUAAACUACCCAAAUUUCAGCCCCAUUCAUAAAACGGUAAAUCUGGAUCUCCCGAUUACCGACCCGCAAGCGGAAACGUUCAGAUCGUGUGGAAAUGAUGCUGUGGUUGCUGGGUUUGUGUUGUUUUUUCCUAAUUAUUCGUCCUUCUUAGCGAAACCUGGGUUUUACAUCGAGGAUAUAUUUGUGAGAGAGUGUUAUAGGAGGAAAGGUUUUGGGAAGAUGUUGUUGUCAGCUGUGGCUGCUCAGGCGGCGAAAAUGGGGUAUGGAAGAGUGGAAUGGGUGGUUCUAGAUUGGAAUGUGAAUGCGAUCAAGUUUUAUGAAGAAAUGGGAGCUCAAAUUAUGCAGGAAUGGAGGGUUUGUAGGUUGACUGGUGAUGCCCUUCAAGCCUUUGCAAAUAUCAACAUUUGAGUUUGCAAUUGUCUUCAAUUUUACACCCAAUACUACUCCACUGCUAUGUGUGUGGAUGUAAGUGUUAUCAGUAGGAAUUAAAUAAAGAAUUUCACUUGUUUU